ACAUCAAUCACUUCCAACACAUGGCGGCAUUUGACAUGUCUCCUACAGCAUGUAUUUGCGAAUCUUGCCGCCCGUUGGUGGUGGGCAUUUUGCGUGGACGUGCUGUCACUUCUUGACACAUGGUGGGCAGACCACCAUCAGGCGCUUCCACAAGGCCCUUUCACAUUUAGUACUUCACCCUCCUUCUGCCAGAAGGCUUUGGGACUUCCUUCCCUUUCAUUGUAAAAUUGUCUCCCUUAACACACGCCCAAGGACGCGAACAUGGUGAGCCGUGGCACUAACGCUGCGAUUACGUCCUUCGUACUAUGUGCGAUCGCGUUACUGUUCGUCGUCGCAAGGCUGGCUGGUCGGAAAUUCCUGGUUAAACAACUUGGAGUGGAUGAUGCCUUCAUCUUUGCAGCUGUAUGCUUCAGUUUUGGGCUGACAGCGACCAUCGAGAUACAAUCCCACUACGCCCUGGGCGCUCACAUUCAGGAUGUCCAGCCAGAUCAAUAUGCCACCAUGUACAAGGGCUUUUUUGUCGGCACCUUCUUUUAUAGCGCGGCUCUGGCGGCAGCAAAGAUCUCAAUCUUGAUCCAGUUCUUACGCUUCUUCAAGGACAAAGCAUCUCGAUUCGUCGCUUGGACCCUGAUCGGGCUGGUCUCGGCGUACUGCUUGAUCUGCUGGAUAGCCACCGCGUGUGCAUGUCGACCAAUAGCCAUGUACUGGGAUCCGAGAGUUCGUGGAGGACACUGUUUCCAGAUCUUGACCUUCUGGCUCUUCAGCGCGGCGUUCCAUAUCGUCACCGAUAUUGCGCUCUGGAUACUGCCGAUACCAACACUGGUGGCGCUGCAGAUGCCUCAUAGGCAGAAGUACAGUCUGAUUGGCAUCUUCGCGAUAGGUGGAUUUGGCUGCAUCACGUCAAUGCUCCGGUUGCAGAAGCUGUACGUGCUCAGUAAAACUCAGGAUCCUACAUACGAUCUUCUUGCUGGAAUUCUGUGGUCAUCGAUCGAGGUCAAUACUGGCAUUGUUUGCGCCUGCUUACCGACCUUGAAGCCGAUAGUCAAUUGGAUCUCCCCCAAGAUUUUACAACACAACUCGCGGCAUCGGUCGCGGCAGAGAUCUCUACAGCUGACGCCGUCAAUGACGGCGCACAAAGUCAGUGACGGCCGGGCGAGCGAUGGCACGGAACAGUCGGACAGUAUCACGCUAUGCGAUGAGGAGAUGGGUCUGGAACAUCCUCAACAACAUGGUGCUGAGGGCAAGAUUGUGGGGAUGCACACGCUGAAGGGAGAGGUAUAAUACAACAUCGGUGGCAUUAUUUGGCUUGCACCUCUGGGGACACCUGUCGUCGCAUUGUACCUGUGGAGCAGUCAUCCGCCGAGCAGAUCCCGAACCCC